CAAAAUCACUCUAACGAAAGAGACGGCAUGGCAACAACUUCACGCAACAAAUGCCAAAGUAACAAAUGCGUUUAUGCUAGCAAUGAUAAUGACAAAUACCAAAGGCAACAAAAUGUUAACAAGACCUGUAAAUAACAACAACGAAGGCAACAACACUGAGAACGAUGAUACUAAAAAUGAUAGCCCCAACAACUUUGACAAUUUAAUAGCAAAUAUAAUUCUCUCUUGA